AUGCGGCUCAAUAUUCUGUCCCAGCUGGGGAGAAACAGCACCUUUGUCCCGAGACAGCCAUGGACCGGCAAAUACACAACCUCACAGAUCAGAUAUGAAGCACGGCGCGCAUAUAGUCGGUCGCGACAGCCACAGCCUAUUCGCCUAGUUAAGGGAAGGCGGCAGGUCAACGCCAUCUUCGUCACUAUUGCAGCUGUUGGUCUGGGUGUGUCAGGUUACCUGCUCAGAGAUGAGCUUAGCCAUUGGUAUCGUGCUGCGGUAAGGACUGGCAGGGUUGUUAGCACGUUGUAUGUGUGUAUUCAAGAUUAUCGAACCACUUUAAAGCAGGACCACGAUGAUCCCGAAGAGGCGAGUGCUUUCCUCAAAGCAUGUCACAAGAGGUGCGCCGAGAGAGUAUUGGUAGUGUCGGAAAAGAAUGGUUCUAUCUUUGUCAAGCUUGGACAGCAUAUAUCGAGCAUGGGCUAUCUCCUCCCCUACGAAUGGACCACUACUUUUGUGCCGCUACAGGACAAGUGUCCAGUCUCCUCCUACGAAUCUAUCGAAGACAUGUACCUUCGUGAUACUGGCAGACACCUCCUGGACGACUUUGAUGAGUUUUCAAAAGAGCCUUUGGGCGCGGCAUCACUGGCUCAGGUACAUACAGCCAAGCUGAAAGGAAGUCAGCAAGGCGUGGCGGUCAAGGUUCAGCAUCCGUCGCUCGAGGAAUGGGUACCACUUGACAUAGCUCUGACGAGGUACACUUUCAUGACACUGAAGCGCGUCUUUCCCGAAUACGACUUGGAAUGGCUUAGCCACGAGAUGGAAUUUUCCUUACCAAAAGAGCUAGACUUCAACCUUGAGGGUGAAAACGCCACGCGUGCGCGAAAAUACUUUGACGAGAACACGAAUUUCCCUCUCGUUAUACCGAAUGUCAUACAAGCCAGCAGACGUAUCUUGGUGAUGGACAAGGUUUCUGGUGCGAGGAUAGACAACCUACAAUACCUCGACUCCCACAAUAUAUCAAGAGACGAAGUAUCGGCUACCCUAGCACGAAUCUUCAACACCAUGAUCUUCGCAAAUGAUGCGCCGCUACACUGCGAUCCACAUGGAGGCAAUAUUGCAGUCAGACAUAACCCUAACAGACGAUACCCAUAUAAUUUCGACCUUGUUCUAUACGAUCAUGGACUCUACCGUGUGCCAGAGCUAAAACUGAGAAGAGACUAUGCUAAAUUAUGGCUGGCUGUCAUUGAUGCCGACGAGCAGCGAAUGCGCAAGUACUCCUAUGAAGUGGCUGGCAUAACAGAUGAGCAGUUCCCUCUAUUUGCAUCCGCUAUUACUGGUCGCGACUAUCGGGUCCUGCUGCGUCACGAAGCAACUACAACUGCGCGUAACAAUGCGGAGAAGGAAGCUAUUAGCGAAGCUUUCGGCGACGACCUGCUGGAGCAAUUGGUAGCUCUGCUCGGUCGUGUUCCGAGCAUGAUCCUCCUUAUACUUAAGACGAACGACCUGACUCGUAGUCUGGACGAAUCACUACAAACGACUGAAGGUCCUAUUAGAUCCUUUUUGAUUCUGGCGAAUGUUGUCACGUUCUUUUCGGUAUGGUUCCUCCUGACUAAGACAUCCUUUGUCACCUUGGUUCCAUGGACUAGACACGCUAGAGAAAAGCGACCGGAGCCGCUCGUGAAUAACCAAAACAUGGAAUCUACCUUUAAACACUUCAACCUCUAUGAUCCAGCCGGGAUGAACUACGUUAUGGACAGGUUGGUGGGCGGUGCACCUAUCUUACAACACUCUGAAGAAAUCAAGCAUCAGGUUCUGAAGGGCAUCGCUGAAGUCGUCACUACCUUUGACAAAGUCAAGAGAAUCUCUAUCGCACGUACGGACAUCGUCGCUGCAGCUAGGAACGAAGAAGAAAGAAGAGACGCGCAACGGUGGUGCGAGCAAGGAAACAAGACUUUCGAUCUGGUAGAUCAUGCGAUGGAGGCGCAGAUUACGCUGUUCUACAUUGUGGGAAGGUAUAGUCGAGUCAAUGUACCGUCCAGUAACACGAUGGAUGAUGAUCGGGACUACAUGGAAGCUAUUGACGACUUGCGAUACGAGUUGAGGGAUGCACUUGAUUUCAACGUCUUAGUUCCGCCGUACAAAGCGAUUGAGAUCUUACGUGAGGAGAGUCGUAAGAGCACGGGAGAAGGUGCUGCCACUGCAGACGAAGAAGAGGAGGUGCCAGCUGCGGAAUAG